AUGUGUUUUGAUUUAAUUUUCGAAAGAUCAAUCCCUGAUCCUCAAAUCAACUUGUCAUCUACCGCUCAAGAUCUGGCAACAGAAACAUCCGUUUCUCAAACUGUGGAAAAUAUAGAUGAAUAUUUUAAAUCCACUAAUGAUAAUUUGAGACAAACUAAGUUUGCAUCAUGGUUUCAGUAUUUGUUCAACAUAUUUGUUUUUGUUAUGGUAAUUGUUUCCAUAGCUUUAUUGUCCAGUGGAAUUAUGAAGAUAGAUCUUGGAUUUAUAUUUUUGUUAAUUGGUUCAGCUUUAACUUACGCAUAUUAUAAUGUAUUCACCUCCUUUUGUUUCCGCUAUAGUUGUGGAAUUUUUGUCGGUUAUUCAGCAAAUGAUGCUUGUAUUAAGGGAACAAUAUUAUUAAUCAUUUCACUAAUCAUUGUUGUGUGUGCAUUAAUGGGAUUAUUGAUAAAUAUUUCAGUAAACUUGAUUUCUUGUUUUACAAUAUAUAUAUUACCAGGAUUAAAAGAUAUCAUCAAUCGUAUAUUUCCACCCCAAAAAGAUAACUGCAAUGCUGACAAUCAUAUAAAUAUUCAAUACUAAAGUAUAUUUGAUAAUCAACUAUUUAUAAUUUAUUCCUGGAAUUUUAAGUUUUAGUGGCAUUUUGUUUCUCAUUUUAUGAAAGUGAAUAUUUAAAUUGGUUUAAAUCUUCAAAAGUCUAACUUUAUUUAUUUCAAUUCACCUUUUCCAACUUAUUUGCUCAUUUUCAUUUAUAUAAUAUAUACCAUCCAUAAA